CCUGUGGUAGUAAAGCUCUCAGGAGGGUGACACAACAUUACACUGCGCACUGGCAACGCUGGAUUUGACGUAUUGUUGUUAUUAAACCACCAUUUGACCUUGACCAGUCCCCGUCGGAGGAGGAAAAUGGUCACAAUGGACGAACUUUGUGAAAUGGAUUGCAGCGUUUUGAAGAGGUUGAUGAAGGACGACAGUGCGAAAUGUCUGCUUUUGGACUGCAGGUCGUUUCUGGCGUUCAGCGCCGGUCACCUCCGCGGUGCUGUAAAUAUUCGCUGUAACACGAUAGUUCGGAGGCGAGCGAAAGGCUCCGUGAGUUUGGACCAGAUUCUGUCCGGUGAUGAUGAAGCGAGAGCCCGUCUGAAAUCAGGGCUGUACUCCGCCGUGAUCUUGUACGAUGAGCGGACCUCCGAUACAAACACUAUGAAAGACGACAGCACAAUCACCCUGGUACAUAACGCUUUGUGUAGGGAUACGUUUAGGACAGAAGUCUAUCUGCUAAAAGGAGGCUACGACAGAUUUUCCACACAGUAUCCCGAUUACUGUUUGAAAACCAAAACACUGGCAGUAUCCAGCCCUCAGUCGAGUGUGGAGAGCAGCUGCAUCUCCUGCAGAACUCCACAGCAUGACCAGGGUGGCCCUGUGGAAAUCCUCCCCUUUUUAUUUCUUGGCAGUGCCCUCCAUGCAUCUAAAAAGGACAUGCUAGAUCAUAUGGGCAUUUCUGCUCUAUUGAAUGUAUCUUCAAAUUGUCCGAACCAUUUUGAAGGGGAUUACCAGUAUAAGUGUAUCCCGGUGGAAGACAACCAUAAGGAGGACAUCAGCUCUUGGUUCAUCGAAGCCAUUGAAUUUAUAGACUCCAUCAAGGAUUCCAAUGGUCGUGUUCUGGUGCACUGUCAGGCUGGCAUCUCACGGUCAGCCACUAUCUGCCUGGCGUACCUGAUGAAGAAGAAGCGUGUGCGCCUGGAAGAGGCCUUCGAGUUUGUUAAACAGCGGCGCAGUAUCAUCUCCCCCAACUUCAGCUUCAUGGGUCAGCUACUGCAGUUCGAGUCUCAGGUGCUGGCCACUUCCUGUUCUGUAGAGGCCACCAGCCCUUCCGCCACUCUCGGGCCCAAGUCUUCCUCCACCCCCACAUCGCCCUUCAUCUUCAGCUUCCCAGUGUCAGUAGUGACGCACAGCCAGUCCAGCAGCCUCACCUACCUACAGAGUCCCAUCACAACCUCACCAAGCUGCUGAUACAGCGCAAGACUGAAAAAACUGCUCACGAACUCAAGAAAGGGUGAAUUUUUCAGACGUUCUUCACUUGGCACAAUCAUGUGGUCGUUCCAGCUGAGCUGCACCUUUUUUUUUUUUUACGGCUUCACUGGUGACCCGUCCUCAUCUAACUCACCCUGCAGUCUUCACCACACAUUAAUAUCAGAAGAAUUCAUCGUAAUAUCCUGUGGGGACUGUUCAUCUCCUUCAUUUCCUGUGGUUCACUUCCAAAGACUUUGCGAUUGGCCGGCAGGGCUGGUGGGAAUGAAGAGCAGGAGGUCCUUCGACCCUGACAAGUUCUUCACAUUGCGUCUGGACUUCCCAUUGAUCACUUCCUCUCACCGGCCUUCCUGAAUUCCUUUAAUAGAGACGAUCGUGGCAUUACCUUCGGCAGGAAGUGUCUUUCAUCGAGUUGGUUUUGCAUUUGUCAGUGCCUUGUACAGAGAAGGUACACAGACACUUUCACAAGACGCUUAUGUCGCCUUUCUUUCAGACUGAUCGCGAACAAGACAUUCAAAGCAUUUCAAUCUGCAAUACAGAUCCGUUCCUGUCACAGAUCAGAGCAAUAACUUGAUUCUCCUUCCUCCCAAUCACCACCAAAGCACUGUAUGGUCUGUUUUUUUGUAUUUUGAAAUGUGUAUAUAUUGUGUGAAAAUGAUUUGAAACGUUUGGUUUUCUUUGGUAGUUUGUACUGAGGAGAUCUUAUGAAUUAUUUCUGCUGUAUGCCUUCCCAACUAUGACUUCCGCACAGAAUGUUCUCAUUAAUAGACUAUUUAACAAAUAGUGUAGGAUAAAUCUGGGUUGUACACUGAACCUUUUUACACUGGAAGUUGGGAAUGGGACGAUUGGGAAGCCACUUUCCAUUUGUUUUGUUUUUAAUAUUCCCCUUUGAAAAGCUCUGUGAGGGAAACAUGCCUUGAAGAGUCCAUAUAGCAGCUGGUUUAUGUGUGGGGACCUACUACUUUUUUAAAAUGAGAUUGUGGGUGCCUUUUAUAGCACUUUUAAGUGAUGUAAAAUUGAUUUGAGGUUUGUUUUGCACCUCGCCGGAAUUGAAGUUGUAACCUGGCAGCGCUUCCCACUCUUUUUUGGCAUGUUAAGUGGUUUGUCUGUCAAACACUGAUGAGAUGAAUGCAAUACUUUUUACUGUACUUGUGAAAUGUUAUUGUCUGAUGACUAAUGGCAAUAUCAUACAGAGGGUUACGAUUUUUUGAACUCUACCCUGUUCUGUUGUAUUAUAUGUACAUUUUAUUUAUCUCACAAUUGUCAUUAAAUACAAACUCUGUUAUUUA